AUGGAGCGGACGUGGAGAGCGGCUUACGUCGACGUACUUUUUGACAAGUUUUCUGUGGCGGAAAAGGCUAUGGGCGUGACCCAUGAGCUUGGGACAGAGCCCGUGUGCUACGACGCAAAGUUGAUGGCCAUCAUCAACAUCUCCAUCGAGCGGGUCGGUGUCUACGAGUACGAGGUCGAUGGGGACAUUGUUCCGCUCAUCGCUGUCCGUUACAUCCACGCAAAGCGGGAGAACGCCAUGAACUGUCUUGAUGCCAUCUCUAUGGCCAUGGAUCGCUCAGAACUGGGCGUCUCCUCUACCGUCAUCUCGGCCAACGCCGUCGAGCACAUGGCUGCGUGGCUGGCCGCUAACGGCACCCAGCUCAGCGACGAGUCACGUGCUGCCAUCCGCGGUGACGCAUAUGGUCCGUGGAAGGCAUCGUUCAUUGUUCCGGCGUACCAUGACGGCACUGAUGGUGUGCCAGAUCCCGAGGCUCUCGCGCUGUGCAAGGUGUGCGGGAAGGGUGAGUCGCGUUCGCGCUGCUCUCGGUGCAAGGCGGUUGUCUACUGCUCGCGCAGCUGCCAGAAGAUCGACUGGAAGGCGCACAAGCAAGUCUGCGUCCCGAUCAGCACUAACGUGUUCUCUGUUCAACUCGACAAGCUCGAGCAGAAGCACAUCUGGAGCACCCCAUUCAACGUCCCGAUUGACAAGAUUGGCAAGAGCAUGGAAACGCCACUCAAGAAUGGCUCUGUACCUACCAACCUCACCGGCCGCAAGCUCAUCUUCAAGGUUCAGCUGCCCAUCGACUGGAAGGAGUCCGGCAACGUGCUUCUUAACAUCUACGACGAGACCCGGUCCAUCGGCACCCUUGCCUCCGUGGAAAGCUUUGUCGAUCCGGCCAAGUUCGACGAUCUCGUCGCCUUGAUGGAGACCUCGCCGUGGGCCGAGGACUCCAAGGCUUACCUGUACGGCUACGCGACAACCAGCAAGCUCUCGCUCGUGCUCGACAGUCUUGCACCGGCACAGACAUGGUGA